UCUUUCUUCUUUCUUUCUUCUUUCUUUCGUUACUUUCAGGGGACACUUUUUUAUUUUGUUUUUUCGCUUAACAAUUUGAUAACAUCUCUACUCUCUAUAGUAUCGAUAAUGAACUCUCCACCGGUGGACGCCAUGAUGACCGGAGGAGUCGAAUCAUCAUCUCAGAGAUCUAUCCCGACGCCGUUCCUCACAAAAACUUACAACCUCGUUGAAGAUAGUUCCAUCAACGACGUGAUCUCAUGGAACGAAGAUGGUUCCUCUUUCAUCGUAUGGAAUCCUACUGAUUUCGCUAAAGACUUGCUUCCUAAACACUUCAAACACAACAAUUUCUCCAGCUUCGUUCGUCAGCUCAACACUUACGGAUUCAAAAAAGUAGUGCCGGAUCGAUGGGAGUUUUCGAACGAUUACUUCAAGAGAGGAGAGAAACAUCUCCUCCGUGAGAUCCAACGUCGGAAAAUAACAACGUCGUCGUCGUCUCAUCAACAAGCUGUUGUUGUUCCUUUGUCGGAACAGAGAAUCCAAACGACGGUUGUGUCACCGUCGAACUCAGGGGAAGAUAAUAACAAUAACAAUAACAAUCAAGUGAUGUCGUCUUCUCCGACGUCGUGGUAUUGUCAAACGACGGCGGGGGAUGGUGGUUUAUCAGUUGAGUUAUUAGAAGAGAACGAGAAGCUUCGGAACCAAAACAUUCAGCUCAACCGUGAGCUUACUCAGAUGAAGUCUGUAUGCGAUAAUAUCUUCAGCCUCAUGUCGAACUACGUCGGAUCUCAUCCUGAUCGGAGCUAUUCUCUGGGAGGUACUAGUAGUCAGCCGCUCGAGUUCUUACCGGCGAAGCGGUUUUCUGAUGCGGAGGUUGAAGAAGAAGAAGCGAGUCCGAGGCUGUUUGGUGUUCCGAUCGGGCUGAAACGUACGAGGAGCGAAGGAGCGAAGGUGAAGACGACGACUGCGGCGGUUGGGGAGAAGAAGUCCGGUGAGGAGACGCCGUGGUUGAGACAUUAUAAUUAUAAUCGAACCAAUCAGAGAGUUUGUAAUUGAUAAAAAAAAAAAAAAAAAAAACCAAGGGUUCAGAUUUGGUGUGUAGAUAUGUGCCGCGAAGUAGGGGAUUAAAGCUUUUUAAGACAAUCAGAGCACGUGUCCCAUCUGUUUUUUCAAGAAGUUUCGUAAAUCUUGACUUCUUCUUUUAACUCUUUCAGUCUUUUGUGUUACUACUACGGACCAUUAUUUUAAUAAUAAAUGCUCUUUUUCUUCAA